GGGUGUAACCAACAGGAUGCUGAGUCGCUAUAACCUCUCAAUGUCGGAGGUCUCCAGAUGCAGUCCCAUUUUUUCCUGAGAUCCUUCACUGGGAACUAAAGCAGCCGCAGGCCAACAGCAUACAGGAUUUUAUAUGGAUACUUUGUCAACAUACUUUGUGGAGGAAAGCAAUUAUAUGGGAAGCGGAGAGGAAGAGGUGGAGGAGGAGGAAGAGGAAGAGGAGGAGGAAGAUGGGGAUGAAAAAGUUGAAGAGGAGAAAAAAGAGGAAUCAGUCGCCCAGACGCAACCAAGACCAGACUGGACUGGACCGUGUUUCUAUAGCAAGACAGAUAAAGAGGUGCACUAUUACGUUGGACAAGAGAUCGUCAUCCAUGCGGGUAUUGACUCCUAUGCAGGCACAGUAUGGCCGGCGGCUCUGACUCUCUGUCACUACCUGGACACCCAUCGCGAACAGUUGAGUCUUAAGGACAAGGCGGUCCUGGAGAUCGGAGCAGGAACUGGCCUUCUGUCUGUUGUAGCUGCUCUCCUCGGUGCCUGGGUGACAACCACAGAUCUUCCAGAGACUCUGAGCAACCUGAGAACCAACCUAGUCAGAAACACCAGGGGACGUUGCAGAUACACACCCCAGGCAGCAGCUCUUUCCUGGGGCUACGACCUGGAGAGCACAUACCCUACAUCUGUUUACCGCUACGACUACGUGCUGGCAGCUGACGUGGUCUACCAUCACGACUUCCUGGACGAGCUCCUGUUCACCAUGAAGCAUUUCUGCAAACCGGGAACGACUGUGAUCUGGGCCAACAAGGUGAGGUUUGAGAAUGAUCGGACUUUCACUGAGAAGUUUAAAAAUGCUUUUCACACAAGUCUGCUGGUUGAAGACGGAGAGAUGAAGAUCUUCAUGGCAACGUGCAGAGAAGAAGAGGCAAAAAGUGAUCUGGAAAGCCACGAUGGGCUGAGCGAGAAGGAGGAAGGAAAUGAGAGCGAGGAGAAGGAGGAGAAGGAGAAGGAGAAGGAGGAGGAAGAGGAAGUGGAAGAAGAGGAGGAGGAGAAGGAGGAGAAGGAGAAGGAGAAGGAGAAGGAAGAGGAAGAGGAAGAAGAGGAGGAGAAGGAGAAGGAGAAGGAGGAGAAGAGUGAUGAAAAGCUUUUUGAGGAAAAACACGACGUUGAGCUUCACUAUGUCAAUACAGAAAAAAGGAAAGGAAAAGAAAAUGAUGUAACAGAAGAAGCACAUGUGGCAGAGCCUGAAAGAGAUGAUACUGACAAAGGAAACAAGCACGAGUCAGAUGGAGAGGAAGAGAUGGAGGAGAUAAUGGUCCUCAAGGACGACAACCAUAAAGAGUAUAAGAAGGAAGAUCCAAAUUUAAGUUCGAGCACCGCAGCCAGUGAGGAAGAUGCUACAGGACAAGCUGAGCAGCAGGACAGAACUCCAGCCUGGGUUCUCAACAUCAAAAGCAGCUUCGGUAAAGACGUCUACUAUUACGCAGGGCACGACAUUGUCAUUCAUGAGUCCAUAGACUUCUAUGGAGCAGUGAUGUGGCCAGCAGCGUUGGCUCUGUGCUCCUACUUGGACAACAACAGACAGAUGGUGAACCUACAGGGAAAGGAGGUGCUGGAGCUGGGAUCAGGAACUGGACUGGUAACCAUUGUGGCCAGUCUGCUGGGAGCUUCAGUCACAGCUACAGACUUACCUGACUUGUUGAGUAACCUCAAGGCCAAUGUGAUGAGGAACACCAGGAACCGUUGCAAGCACACACCCCAGGUAGCAGCUCUGUCCUGGGGCUACGACCUGCAGAGCACACACCCUACAUCUGUUUACCGCUACGACUACGUGCUGGCAGCUGACGUGGUCUACCAUCACGACUUCCUGGACGAGCUCCUGUUCACCAUGAAGCAUUUCUGCAAACCGGGAACGACUGUGAUCUGGGCCAACAAGGUGAGGUUUGAGACUGAUCUGACUUUCACUGAGAAGUUUAAAAAUGCUUUUCACACAAGUCUGCUGGCUGAAGACGGAGAGAUGAAGAUCUUCAUGGCAACGUGCAGAGAGUAAGAAACAGAAAAGAUAUGAAUGGAUUCCUCGAUGACCCCUACAGGCGUCAACCUUUUAGUUUGACCAUAUUUUGUUUAUUUGUUCGAAUAUAAUACAGCAGCACCAUGCAUAUUUAAGCUAAUAUAGUAAGAAAAUCAUAUUUCAAAUAUAAACUAGCUUGACAAUACUCAGCUUUAAUGAAAUACAACCUGUGUCACAGGUUUCCAUUUGAUGUUUCCUAUAACAUUUUGUGUCAUCAUUUGUAAUAAGAAGAGUGUCAGUUUUGAUCUGUAGUAGCAGGAAGGUGUGGGAUGGUUUAGUCGGCCUAACUUAAUCUCAAACAUGAACAAAAUACUGAAUCUCUGGUGCAACCAUCAUCAAAGCUGUCGAGUUAUCAUUAACCUGGAAAGCAUAAUUUUUAAAGAUCCCAAAGUAACCACAUUUCUCUGUCCCCUGGUGGUCUGGGGGUCUUUGUACCUGUGUGUGCUUUGGGGCCCAUUGUCUCACAAUCUGUCCGUUUUAAACGCUUUAAGAUGCCCAGCACUGUUUAAACCUGUGAACACUACCGAUGGUAAGAAGGGCAGCACAACAUGAGUUUUAGUGUAGUUGAGCUGCAACGAUCAGUCGACUAAUCGAUUAGACAGAAAGAUAAUCGAUUUGAUAAUCUAAGAAUAAUUUAAAACAUUUACUCCACUUCAUCCAGGCCUACCCUAUUUACUACCUUAUGAAGCAUCAUAUUUAAGCUGAAAGGGUCAAAGCUGUGCUACGUGAGAUUCAAGACUAGUUCAUUAGAAUCAAAUCAAUUAAGUCUGUGUGGAGGAGGAACAGUUAGUUGAUUAAUUGAUUGACAGGACAUCCUUUCAGUUAUUUUUCAAGAACAAAUGCCAAACGUUCAAUGGAUUGUUUCUCAAAUGUGCAGAUUUAAUGCUUUCAGUUAUGGAAUGUUCUUUUUUUGUACGCAUGUGAAUGUAAACAUUUUUUUAAACAUUUAUAUUGUUUUAUCUGUUCAUUUCUUCUUGCACUCUACUUUGUACAAUGUGUUGGACAACCAAGCUAGGGCAGCUUGUUUAAUGUUUACAAUUGUUGAAAAUAAAAUCUUGGUCAAAUAGUUA